AUGGCAGAGACUGAAACUGCUAAAACCCCGGUGGUUGUGGAAGCCCACCAGGUUGAUACUUUCCAUGUCCCGGAGGAGUACCACAAGCAUUCGACCAGGCCGCACCUCAAGGACUUUGAAGAAUACAAGACUCUCUAUGCAGAGUCCAUCUCUAGCUCGGAUACCUUCUGGGCACGGCUGGCGCGAGAGCUUCUGACCUUUGAGAAGGACUUCACCACAACGCAUAUUGGCUCGUUCGAGGGUGGUGACAAUGCCUGGUUUGUCGGUGGAAGGCUGAAUGCUUCUUACAACUGCGUCGACCGUCAUGCGCUAAAGAAUCCAGACAAGGUUGCCAUCAUCUAUGAGGCUGAUGAGCCCGGCGAGGGCCGCAGCAUCACCUAUGGCGAGCUUCUAAGACAGGUCUCCAGCUUUGCAUGGACUCUGAGACAGCGAGGAGUGAAGAAGGGUGAUACGGUGGCUAUCUAUCUUCCCAUGAUUCCAGAGGCAGUGGUUGCUUUCCUGGCCUGUUCUCGCAUCGGCGCCGUCCAUUCAGUUGUAUUUGCUGGCUUCUCGUCAGACUCACUCCGUGACCGUAUCAAUGAUGCCAACUCCAAGGUUGUCAUUACUGCGGACGAGGGAAAGCGAGGUGGAAAAGUGAUCGGAACCAAGAAGAUUGUUGACGAAGCCUUGAAACAGUGCCCAGGAGUGUCUAGUUGUAUCGUGUUCAAGAGGACGGGAGCGCAGGUUCCAUGGACAGAAGGCCGUGAUCUCUGGUGGCACGAGGAAGUCGAGAAAUACCCCAACUACCUCGCUCCUGAGCCCAUGGACUCAGAGGACCCUCUUUUCCUGCUGUACACUUCUGGUUCGACAGGAAAGCCAAAGGGGUUGAUGCAUACAACUGCCGGUUACCUGGUUGGCGCUGCUGCAACUGGUAAAUACGUUUUUGAUAUCCAUGACGACGAUCGCUUCUUCUGUGGUGGUGAUGUCGGUUGGAUUACUGGACAUACUUAUGUUGUCUAUGCUCCUCUGCUGCUCGGCGCUACAACUGUUGUCUUCGAAAGUACCCCUGCUUACCCCAACUUUUCGCGAUACUGGGACGUCAUCGAGAAAAAUAAAGUCACACAGUUCUAUGUUGCGCCUACCGCCUUGCGCCUCUUGAAGCGUGCUGGUGACGAACACAUCCAUCAUGAGAUGAAAGACCUCCGAGUGUUGGGAAGUGUGGGUGAGCCUAUCGCAGCUGAGAUUUGGAAGUGGUACUUUGAAGCUGUGGGAAAGGAAAGGUCCCAUGUCGUCGACACCUACUGGCAAACUGAGACAGGCUCCCAUGUCAUCACCCCGCUGGGUGGGAUCACCCCUACCAAGCCAGGGAGUGCAUCCUUGCCAUUCUUUGGCAUUGAGCCUGCCAUUGUUGACCCAGUUUCAGGAAAGGAACUGACGGGUAACGAUGUGGAGGGCGUGCUGGCGUUCAAACAGCCAUGGCCAAGCAUGGCGCGCACAGUAUGGGGUGCUCAUAAGAGAUAUAUGGAUACCUACUUCAACGUCUAUCCAGGAUUCUAUUUCACUGGAGACGGCGCAGGCCGAGAUCACGAUGGAUACUAUUGGAUCAGAGGCAGAGUAGACGACGUCGUAAACGUCUCUGGUCAUCGUCUCUCGACCGCUGAAAUAGAGGCUGCCCUUAUCGAACAUCAUUCUGUCGCCGAGGCUGCCGUCGUUGGAGUGACCGAUGAGCUCACCGGCCAGGCAGUCAAUGCCUUCGUCGCCCUCAAGACAGGUAAUGAAAUUGGCGAAGAGAUCCGCAAGGAGCUGGUAUUGCAGGUCCGCAAGUCUAUUGGGCCAUUUGCGGCUCCCAAGGCUGUCUAUGUCGUUGAAGACCUACCCAAGACUCGCAGUGGGAAGAUCAUGCGCCGUAUUCUCAGGAAGAUCCUGAGCGGCGAGGCCGACAGUCUGGGCGAUAUCUCUACGCUCUCCGACCCAACUGUGGUGCCUAAAAUCAUCGAGAUGUAUGAGGCUACGAAGAAGAAUUGA